AGAAGCACACAGCAUAUACUCACCACUUGAUCACACAAUACGUACCGCACUAGGCAAAGAGCUGUAGACUCAGUCAUCGCUGGCCCAAUAGAAGUGCUACACGGUCCCAGACGGAGGCUCUGCAGCUGUCAUACCAGCCAGGAUCCCAGCUGGGCCAUAUCAAUUACGUAGCAGCGAGGCUGCUGUGCCCUCCCAGUACUUAGUACUCUUCCACAAUGUCUAGCAAUGUCAAGGUCGUCGCGAGGUUUCGUCCUCCUAACGCCCUGGAGCUGCGCGAGGGGUCCGAUAUCACCAUAGAUUUCGAGGGAGGCGGCGAUACCACUGUUAAGCUCAAGGGAGGACCAUCUACAGGGCCAGAAGCCGAUGGGUUCACCUUUGAUAGAGUGUUUCCCAUGAACACACGGCAGCAAGACGUCUUCGAGUACGGUAUCAAAGAGACUGUAGACGAUGUGCUCAAUGGAUACAACGGUACCAUCUUCGCCUACGGACAGACCGGAUCGGGAAAGACCUUCACAAUGAUGGGAGCCAGCAUAGAUGACGAAAGUCUCAGAGGUAUUAUUCCUCGAAUCACAGAGCAGAUCUUCGACAGCAUCAUGGCCUCAGCCUCCAAUCUGGAGUACUUGGUGAAGGUCUCAUACAUGGAGAUCUACAUGGAAAAGAUCCGAGAUCUUCUGGCACCGCAAAAUGAUAAUCUUCAAAUCCACGAAGAGAAGAACAAAGGGGUGUACGUGAAGGGUUUGAGCGACUACUAUGUUGGAGAUCAAGACGAUGUGUAUACGCUCAUGCGACAAGGAGGUAGCGCUCGUGCUGUCUCGUCGACAAACAUGAACGCAGAGUCUUCUCGAUCCCACUCGAUCUUCCUCGUCGCAAUUCAGCAGAAGAACACAGACACAGGCACACAAAAGACGGGAAAUCUGUACCUGGUCGAUUUGGCUGGGUCUGAGAAGGUUGGCAAGACCGGAGCUAGCGGACAGACUCUCGAAGAAGCCAAGAAGAUCAACAAAAGUCUGAGUGCACUGGGUAUGGUCAUCAAUGCCUUGACAGACGGAAAGUCUUCCCAUAUCCCGUACCGAGAUUCGAAACUUACUCGUAUCCUCCAGGAGUCACUCGGAGGUAACUCAAGGACGACCCUGAUCAUCAACGCUUCUCCUUGUUCAUACAAUCUAGACGAAACCAUCUCGACACUUCGAUUUGGUAGUCGAGCAAAGAGGAUCACCAACAAGGCUAGGGUCAAUGCAGAGCUGUCGCCUGCCGAGCUGAAGGUGCUGCUACGCAAGGCCCAGGCCGAGGCUGCCAAAUCGCAGCAGUACAUCGCACAGCUGGAAGGAGAGCUCAAAGUCUGGCGAGCUGGAGGCAAAGUAGCGGAGUCCGACCGAGCUCAGCUUGGAAAGAUGGGACCAUCCACUGGCAACGUGACGCCAACGCCAUCUGCCUCGUCUCGACCUGGCUCCGUCGCCGACCUGCGGCCAUCUAUGGCCGCACUGGCAGGUUCUGACAUUACGAGAGACUUGUCUUCGCGUCCAGAGACUCCAACCGCUGUCUCGGCCAUGAGCCAAGAAGAGAAGGAUGAGUUCUUGAGGCGAGAGAAUGAGCUUUCCGAUCAGCUUGCGCAGAAGGAAGAGGAGCUCAAGAGGCUGCAAGCUGUGCAUUCCGACACGAUGCAAGACAAGGAGCAAGAAGCUACGCUGCGAGAAGACAAUAAGAGACUCAAUGUGGAACUCAACAACCUUCGACUCGAAGUCGAGCGCAUCAGAUAUGAGCUCAAGGAGGCUCACAUCAACCUCGAUGGUGCCAAAGAGUUGAACGCUGAGCUCAGCAGGGAGACAGAAGAGCUCAAGAAGGCUGUCAGCGAGCGAGCUGCUGCAGCUGCUGUGGAGGCUAAGGAUCCCGAAGCAGAGGAGAAAGAUCGCCUCAAGAAGAUCAAAGUGCAGAGAAUGAUGCAGGAUCUUCAGACUGAAGGCUUCAGCGAUCAAGAGGUGGCAAUCCGGGAGAGUCUAACGAAGCUGGAUCAGUCGUCCAUGCCGCCUGAGGUGUCGGGACAAUUGAAGCAGCAAAUGCAAGAGAUCGCAGAGCAACAGCGCCGCUUGCUUCAUCAGCUUGAAGAGAGCCGAAAGGACAGAGAUCAUCUCUUGCUGAGGGAACAAGACGCUGAGAACCGCUACCUCGAUAUGCGGGAACAGCACGACAAACUCGUCCAGCAGGCUCAGACAGACCAGGGCCUGGACAUCGAAGACGUUCGCGUCGGCCGAGAGGUCCAGUUCCAUGCGGAGCGCCUCGAACUCGAAGGUCAGAUCGCAGAUCUGAAGAGUCAGAUCGAAGGCAAGCUUCGGGAUAUCGGUCAGCUGAGACAAGACAACGAGGCUCUGCAAGCUUCGUCUGACGAGUUGAAGCGCGCAUUUGCCAUCACUACGGCAGGCAGAGAGGGCGGAGAAGAGUUGAUGGAGAAGGUCAAGGAGAUGGAGAGGGUCCGCAAGACCAUGGCGCAGCAACUAGCCGAGUUCGAUACAAUGAAGCGCAGCAUGAUGCGGGAUCUGCAGAAUCGAUGCGAGAAGGUUGUCGAGCUGGAAAUUUCUCUGGACGAGUCUCGCGAGCAGUACAACAAUGUUGUGCGAAGCUCCAACACCAAGUCCCAGCAGAAGAAGAUGGCUAUGAUCGAACGCAACCUCGAGCAGCUCACCAAUGUCCAGAAGCAGCUCGUUGAGCAGAAUUCCUCUCUGAAGAAGGAAGUUGCUAUUGCCGAGCGCAAGCUCAUUGCUCGCAACGAAAGAAUCCAGAAUCUCGAGGGUCUUCUCGCUGAAUCGCAAGACAGACUUCAGCUCCAGAACGAGAAGUACGAGACGCAGAUGACAUUGAUCAGGGAGAGAUUUGAGAGCGCCAAGAGCCUGAACAGGACGAUGGGUGGUGUACAGGGUGGAGGUGUGGGUGUCAACUUUGGCAGAAUUGCGAAGCCGCUGAGAGGUGGUGGUCCUCAAGCCGGCCCUCAGCCUGGGUCUGCUGCCGUUGCUGCUGGAGCACCCAGGCACCUGGGCGUAUCCAACGUUCAGCAACAGGCCAGCGCAUUUGAGUGAGUAGCGUGGAGAAGAGCAGGAUGCAUGCAUAGCCCAGAAGCUGAUCGGCGAUGGUAUCCUCUUCUUCAGCUCGAAAUCGCCCAAGUCUCGAUCUAGCUGGUUCUUCUCGAGCUCAUGAGGCUACCAUGAUAUAGAAAUGCUACCUGAGAUGGCGGCAUGAGGUGCAGAGACGGCGUGUCACUGGUUCCUAGAGUCUUGUCCCACCUUCUCCCCUUCCUUCCCAACACAUUGUCUCAUACCCCUUGCAUUCCUUUCUUUCAAAACGUCUUUCGAGACCCUUUUACAACUCUCAAGUGUCUUCACCGCGCUAUGUACUCUACUAGAUUACUCAUUCCUUC